AUGUGGAGCCGCUAUGUACUGAAGCACCGCGUCGACAAGUACCAACAGGAUACACGAUGCCUGCUGGAACAACACCGCCAGAGCUUGGCCUAUAUGGAGGUCCGAAAGGUCAAAAUUGACUGUUCAUUCUUACCUGAUUCAAGAUGGGGUAUUAUCGGACAGGACCCGGCUUCACCUGCCUGGCUUCUCUAUCUGGAUGUCAAGAUCAGCCAGCCGAAGGACUGUUACCUUGCCAAUGCAAAGGUCGAAGUGACGUUUCAGCCGCUGAAUCUGGAUAAUCGAAGCAACACAACUCGCAGCCGGUUAGGCCCUGUUAUUACUGAUUACUUUGGACCCCAAAGAAUUGGAGAUAAAGUUGUCGCUCAAAGUUUCGGGAGUUUUGUUGAGCAUGGUUUAUCAUACUCUUUUCAUGGUAGUCCCAUGACCUCCACGAGUGGCUUCAUACCGGGAAGAAGCUCAAGGUCAUGUACCGAACCUGGCUGGUCACUAAGAGGAUUCUCAUGGCCUUUAGCAGGAGACUCAAGUGGUCUUCCCCGGCGAAUAGAGUGGCUGGUGGAAGAUGCGGUAUCUUGUGGUGGGCUGCGUCUUGCACUCAUCCUCCAGCACGAGAUGGAGCCAUUCUCAGUAGCGGUUCAGAUCGACGGCAAGCUUAAAGGGACAAAAAACAGAAGCUUCCGUUUCGCUCGCUCGAUCGAACAGGGCCACGUGAAUAGUUUAUCUCGCAUAGUCACUCCAUCUGGUACUUCCACUUUUCACUUGGACGAUAUUGCAUCGAGACUGGAUGAUGAGAUGACGACAUUGAACAUCAGAAACAACCAAAACCCAAUCGACACGAUACAGCGCACCGUUGGUCAAUCUGACACUGGCCGACAGCUGAGCCCAAAUAUCGAACAUACCCACGAUGACUACACCGUUGCUUGGAUAUGCGCUUUGCCGAUAGAAAUGGCAGCAGCGAAAGCGAUGCUUGAAGAAGUUCAUCCAGAUCUACCAGUCCAUCCAAGUGAUACAAAUCAGUAUAUCCUAGGACAGAUCGGUCCCCAUAAAAUUGUAUUGGCGUGUUUGCCACACAACGUAUACGGCACUACCUCAGCCGCCGUGGUGGCCACCCAUAUACUCUAUGCGUUUAGGCGAAUUCGAAUUGGUUUAAUGGUUGGAAUAGGCGGAGGUGUGCCUUCGGAGAAGAACGAUAUUCGGCUAGGGGAUGUAGUUGUCAGCAGUCCUACUGGUCAUUUCGGAGGGGUCAUACAGCAUGAUCUUGGUAGGAAUAUCGGAAACAGAAUCCAAACGACAGGAAGCUUGAAUAAACCACCACCGGCCCUUCUUGCAGCAAUAGCGAGGUUACGGACAGAUCAUUUAAUCACCGAUAACAAGAUAACGCAACACAUUGAUAAGAUGCUGGAGAAGAAUCCAUCGAUGAGGUCGGCUUAUGCUUGUUUGGAUCCGGGGCAGGAUCAGCUUUUCGAGGCUGAGUACGAUCAUUUUGGAUCAGCGGCAACAUGCGGGCCGUGUGACCCGAGCAGAAGGAUAGAACGGAAUCCUCGGUUGACAGGCUGUCCCAAGAUACAUUAUGGGCUUAUCGCUUCGGGAAACCAGGUCGUUCGGCAUGGCAUGACGCGGGAUCGACUAGCGGAGGAGUUUGGCGUUCUGUGCUUUGAAAUGGAAGCAGCAGGACUCAUGGAUAACUUUCCUUGCUUGGUCAUACGAGGUAUCUGUGACUAUGCAGAUUCACACAAGAACAAAGAUUGGCAAGGAUACGCCGCAGCAACUGCAACUGGCUAUGCAAAGGAUCUGUUGUCGGUGGUUUCCGUUGCCCAGGUGUAUUCUACUACUCCCAUUGCAGCUACGUCUGCAACUUGA